UCGCCCCGGCCAGUCGAUCGAGCUAUCAUUAAGCGAACGGUAAGUGAGAAAUCGUCGCGCGCUGUUAGCGCGAGAUACGCUUCCCGUCGCACAAUUUUUCCCGCGGUGUCAGCUCUAAACGCGUAUAGUUCGCACUUCCUUGCGCACGCGAGGCCGGACGAUACGCGGCGAGCAACCACCUGUGUCAUCGUCAUCCUAGCAAUAUACAGACACGUACCGAGAAAAGCGGAAAAGCCGAACGUAUCGUGCUCGUGAACACUCGUCUCGCGCUUCGUGAACGCUUGUCGCCGCCACCGUCGCAUCGCGCGGAAAACACGGCCGCGAAAGAUCGUUCUUGUUCGCACGCUCGUCGCGCAAGAGUUAAUCUCUCACUCGAAGUCAAGGUCGUACAGGAGAAAUUCCGUUUCGCUCCCUCCUUCGCACGGAUUCUUCUAAGAGGGUGGAAUUUCAACGCGCCCGUUUGUCUUAAGUACAGAAAUCGAGGAUCGUUGAGAUGAGGACAACUUUCACGAUGGAGACCAAGAUGGAAAAUAUCAUUCAAAUUCCGUGCGUAUCGUCAAACGAGCGUUCCCAUAAUUCGUCAUACAAGACAAGACUCGUCUAAUGCUGUUCAAUCCAGGGGCCAAAUUGAGGAAAACUUUACUGCGACACUAGCAAGAAGGAUGUAAUUUAAUUUUCACCGGACUUCGAGACGGAGAUAACGUGACAUGAAUAAAGUACAUCGAGCGAAUUGAAGCAACCCAUUGACAUUGGGCGAUGCCAGAAGCGUAAAACGCGGUGUGUCCGCCACGAAGAUGCUGGUGGAUGACUGUGGAAACGGUAUGGGGUGGACUACGGCCAGCGUGCGCGGGGGAUGGUCCACCCCGGCAGGAUGCAGGAACUCAGCCAUGAGCUUCGGCGGCAGUGUGCCGUCCUUGCACCCGACCGGUUCGAUAAGAUCGUUGCGCUCGCAACAUUCCAUGGCUCCGCCCGAGACACCGCGAAGAUGCAUACAUUGUCAUCCGGUACAUGUUCCCAGCACCCCCAAUAAUUACAUGCAACAUCCCAUGCAGUAUUAUACCCCGACACAUUGUAUGGAGGGUCAAAAUGGGACAUAUACGCCGCAUCGUGGGAGUUCCUAUCAUGGUGACACUCGUCUGCGUUAUAUAGACGGUGACGAAAGCUUUGGUGGCAAUGCGAAUUGGGUGCUCGGAGACUUACGCAGUCUGCAUCGCUGCGUGCCCGCACUUCGUCGUACAGACAUAGACGUCACCGGUAUGCGGGCGCAUUUCUAUCCAGAGGGUGGCUGGGGCUGGUUGGUUUGCGCCGCUGGCUUUCUCGCCCUGUUGCUCACCACCGGGAUGCAGCUCGCCUUCGGAUUACUUCAUCUUUACGCCGCUCGACAUCUCGGCGAGCUUCACUUGAUGGAUAUAGUAUGGGCUGGAGCGUUGAGCGCCGCGGUUUCCCGUGGCUCAGCACCGUUGGUCGUCGGCGCGUGUCGUCGUGGCAAUACGAGGCUUACAGCGGUGAUCGGUGGUCUCGUGCUGGCUCUGGCAUCACUCUUCACCUCCUUCGCUCUCCAGAUGCAUCAAGUGCUCCUUAGCUACGGACUGGUGCUGGGCACGGGAGCCGGCCUCGUGAGGGAAACCGCCAGUUUAGUAUUGGGCAAUUACUUCAGAAAGCGGCGCGAGUUCGUCGAGAUGGUGGUGCAAGCCGGGACCGGCGUGGGAAUAGCGCUCUUCAGCGUCUUCUACAAGGAAGCCGUCGGGAAGCUAGGCUGGCGGCUGGGAUUGCAAUCGGUAACGGGAGCGCUCUCGUUGGCCUUCUUCUUGGGACUGAUCUACCGGAGUGCCUCGCUGUACCACCCCCAACGACGAGCCAUACUGCAUCUAAAGAAUCAGCGCAGCAAAGUCAAAGAGAAGAAAUCCGCGUCCAAGGUACCGAGGCAGCCGCUGGUCGAUCUGAGUCCUUUGGGAUCGCGUCCCGUAAGGAUGCUCAUGCUGGCUGCCGGCGCUGCCGGUUUUGGUCUCUACACCCCUGCCUUCUAUAUCGCUCUGCAAGGCUACCAGGACGGGCUGGAGGCCAGCGCUCUCGUACUCCUGCAGACCUGUCUGGGACUGGCGGCGGCGCUCGGAUGCGCGGCUUGGGGGGUAGUUACCGCCAGACCUUCCGCUCAGUGCCUAGUGUCUAGGCAAUAUCUCUGCCAAGCAGCGCUCAUUGGAGUCGCUGUGGCACAAGUGGCGCUUGGUAGCGUGCAAGGUUAUCACGGACUUGUACUGGCCUCCGGGCUUUACGGCGCUUCGCUCGGCGGUGCACUCUACUCCCUCAAGAUGUUAGCCCUGGAAAGGCUGCGAGCAAGACACUUCGCUAGAUCGUGGGCUUUGGUACAAGCCGCGGAAGCUCUGCCCAUUCUUCUCGGAGUUCCUCUUACAGGUUAUAUGAACGCGAACAGCCCGCGAGUUGGCUACUACGCGUGCACCCUGAGUUCCUUGUGCGGCGCGGCGUUGCUCUUCCUGGUCGGUUGGGGACGGCAACCGACGUCGCCAAUUCUGCCGGGGCCACGACUCUCGAGCUUCGGCGUCAUGCCACCCCCGCCGCCGUGCGUGUGCCCGCCACCGCCGCGGCCUCGGCUGCCGAAAUCGCGGUCCCUGCACGUGCCGUUGGACGUCGAAGACAACAUGCACGAGCGGGACUUUGUCGAGCGUGUACACGACACCGAACACUACUAUCAUCCGCACUUUCACGCGCCGUUGAGGCCCAGCAAAAGCGUGCCUGAGGGUCUCAGCCAUCAGGAUCCGUAUCGGACCCGGCCGCGGCGUCACCGCGACAUCACCGUCAUAGAACAGAUCACCACCAGCGUGUAAAACGAUGAUAUCCAACCUUGGCACACAAUGUCCCCCAGAUAUUAAACUAAGAAAACCUAAAAGUAAAGUCCGACGAGCAUUUUAAUUUGGAUUAAGCGUGUUAUAUUUGAUUUUAACAACGCUUUUGUGCGAUAACAAAGAAUGUUUUAAAAUCACAUUUCAUUGAAACAUAGAUUAACAAUUAUGUUAAUUACAGAAUUGUAUAGAAUUUUUAGAAAGUUUUUAUAAAAUCUUUCACUUUCUUAUUUUCUUGAAAAAUAGCAAAAUUUACGCUUGAAAAAUUGCGCGAAAGUAAACAGUAUAUUAUUUCGUUUCAUAAUUAACGUUACUAUCGUGUUGGAUUAUUACCAGUUCGCAAUUUGCCUUUCUUUUAUUCUUCCCGUUUGGUGUAUAAGCGUAAUUUUCCAGAAAAUCUAGGGUUGCUCUUGAAAAAGGUUGGGGACCAUUAGCGUAAAAGCUAGCAUGCAGUUGCGAACACAAGCAGAAAGUAAAAUAGUGGCCAUGAAAAGAGAAAUAAUUACACGCAUUGCACGCGCGUAAGAAAGACAGUUAUGCGGUCGUAAAUCAAGGAAGAAUAAUAGUUAAAGCUCUUUAGAAACAUUUCCACGUUCUUUUCCUACUAGUCGCUAAGCACGAUCGAUCACUAAAUUGGAUUAGUAUAUAUAGAUAAAGUUUAUAUUAGUCUAUAUCGAAAUCUAGAUCAAAUUAAAUGUAUUACGCGCAUUAGAAAAGUAUUUAUCCGUGUUGAUACGAUAGUUUGACGUACUACUGCCAGGAAAAGUAACUAUCCGCCGGCUAGACGUGUAUUGAGCGAGAGAAUGCGACGAGGAAAGAAGAGUCAUGGUUCACAGUGGAACUAAUUUGAACUAAAUCGACAGCUUAUACCUAUUUAUCUCCAUUUUUGCUCUUGACAUUGUGAUUAGCCGGUAAUAGCGUCUCGGGAUAGCAGAUAACAGCAAUCCGGAGAAACGGGAUCGCUAUCUUUCCUAUCAUAUAAAAUUCAUGCGACAUAGCGUUUAUAUAUAGACAUAAAUUAAGUGAUCAAAACUGCACUCUUCGUUACAUUUCUCGAUAGAUGGAAAUUUAUGUAUAGCGCACGGAGCUGGUCUCCGCAAACGCCGCCGCAGGAAUCGUUAAAUAUUAAUAAAGAUAUGAAACAUCGCGGACGUUUUUUCGAGGGAGUAAAACGGUCCCGAGGAGACCGCUUAAAUACCUGCAAGAGAUCCCUGCAAAUAAUAGAAUUAGAAAGUAUCAAUAAAUACAUUUUAUAAAAAUGUCACAUUUUUCAGUUAGGCGUUGAUCUUGCAACUGUUGAGAGUUCUUUUAUAUUCUGUCUACGCAUUUUUUGACUCCUUUUGGCUCUUGACUUUCUUUCAGAAUUAAAAUAUGUUGAACAGCCGUGCUUCUUAUUCUGUGUUCAAUUUAUAUGCUAAAAAUGUUUAUGAAGCAUCGUUCAUGAAGACUCUAUUCCUAUCAGCGAGUAAGGCUAAAUAUAAUCGAGAGUCACUUCACUAUAACAUAAUUAGUACCUGAAUAUUAAGUGCUCUAGGUAUCUAAUGAAGUGUGAGCGACGAACAUAGCGGUAACUUAAUUAUUCCUACUUUCUCAUAUAAAGUACUUUGCUAUAUGCCGAAAUUAAUCGUUAUGCACGAUGCGAGCCAUCAUGACGUUUCCUUACGCAGUUGAUUAAUCGAUAAACGUAGAAAGUAUCGCAAAAGUAUUUGCCGACUGUGUAAGAAAGUAGUAAUAUAGAUUAUAUAGAUUAUAUAUAUACAUAAUGACAUAUAUAAACCUUGAAUGUAAUUGAAUUUUAUCACGUUUUCCGAUACGAUAGUCGGAAAUAUCGUAUCUACUGGCAACGACAGUUAAAUUUUAUAUUCGCUGUCAGAAUAAUUUAAUUGAACAAUUAUUAAGAAUUUUAUCAUGAUAAAAGUUA